UUCGUUUGUAAACAAGCUCCACAAAUGCGAGUCUUCCAACGAAAAAAAAAAAAGAAAAAUGUUACCUUUCCCUCCUCCGAAGCCACCCAACUGCACAGAUUGACCCUUAAACCCUCGAAUUACCCUCAAUCAGUAAGCUUCAGUAUCUUUCAACAAUCAAGACCACAUCAAACAUGUCAUUGUCAAACCUCCUUCCGGAGCUACUCUUCGAGAUCCUCACGCGUCUCCCUCCCAAGGAUUUGCUCCGAUCCCUCUGUGUUUCCAAAUCUUGGAACGCCACCAUCCGCAGCCGCCGCUUCAUCAAAGCCCAUCUCCAACGGUCUGCCGCAACCAACUCUGAUCGCGCCCUUUUAGUUGGGUCGUAUCCUUCCGAUUUCUUUUCAGUGUCUUUUGACGACUCGGAGGCGUUCGGUGAAUGCGUCGAGAUUGCUCCGCCGUUGAAAUGCCCUGAACCGGCGGUUGAAGUUGACCCCUUCGAUCCGCGGUUGCCUGAUUUCAUAUCUGCAAGGUGGAUAAAAUGCCCUGCCGCGUACACCGAGAUCAUUGGCCGCUCCGUUCACGGCCUGGUUUGCAUUCGCAAAGGAGGCAAAGGGGAGGACGGAGAUAUUGCUUUUUGGAACCCUUCAAUUCAAAAGUUCAAGAUGAUUCCCCCCACAACGUUUGAGGCUGAUUUGAAUAUCAUGACCAAACUCGGUUCUCCCUGCUAUGCUUUCGGGUACGAUUCCAUUAACGAUGACUAUAAACUUGUUGGAUUUGUGGAGUUUCGAAAUAAAGAACCAUUGUUUUUGACUUAUUCGGUUCAAAUUUAUAGCCUAAAAUCUAACUCAUGGAAAAGGAUCCAAAACAUCAACAUCCCUUGGUGGAGUUAUUAUGUAUUUGAUUUACAUAAUAUCGUUUAUGUGAACGGUGCUCUGUGUUGGCUGAUGGAUGAUGGUUCAGAUAUAUACACAAUUGUAACCCUUGAUCUUGCCACUGAGGAAUGUGGCGCGUUUCCUGCCCCGGUUGAUAAGCCAUAUUUGUUUUUGGAGGUCUUGGGAGACUGUUUAUAUAUUUGUGUUCGUCAUGGACGAACCAGACAUGAUGGUUGGAUUAUGAAGGAAUUUGGAGUCGCGGAAUCUUGGACCUUGAUUUAUUCUAUUAAUGAAGAGGACAGUGGUUCCCUUUGUCGUAAGACCUUUCAUUACAAACCUUUGGUGUUCUCAAAGAAUAGUGGAAUGGUUCUUUUUGUAGAUGACUAUUAUAUGCUUUUUUGGAUUGACAUAGAGGAAGACACUGUCAAAGAAGUUGACAUUCAUGGUUUUCCCCCUGGUGUAGUUAUGGUGGAAAAUUAUAGUAUUUCGCAUCCUGUCACGGUAACUAUUUGUGUAGGGAGCCUGUGUCUUCUGGAUGGUGACGAUGUUCUUGCUGCGAGGCAUCAACAAGGCCCCUCUUACCUCGAAGAAGCGGAAAGUUCCAAGCAGAGUGAAGAGUCUCUUGAUCUGGCACUGGAAGCAGCUGAAGAUGAUCAAAAUUAGGGUGGAAAGUAGUCAGUUGGCGCGAAAAGGGUUGAUCACACGGUAAUGAUUUGCAACUUCUUUUGGACUAGGGCCAGGGUUAUUGAUCUACGUGAUCAACCUUUUGCUCUUUAUGUUGUACGGUACCGCAUUAUUGUUAGUUUGUUAGUUCUCCGCCUGGUUUUCAACUCGUAUCAUUGUAAUUCACCUCUGUUUUGGGUAGUCCAAGUCGUUGUUGUAUAUUUUUCUAGUCUUGUGGUGUAUGAACAAUUGACUGUUUGCUGCAUUUUUCCUGCAUCUUGUAUAAUAUCCCAUCCAAUGUUCGUUUCAUUU